AUGGCUUUAAAUUUGAAGCUAAGUGUCUUUAUUGUGUGUGUUUUGGGCGUGUGUGGCGCGGAUAAGUGCAAGGAUAACCCGAGCCCGUUGAGCUGCCACAGUGCGCGCAUCGUGCGUGAGGCCAUACAGCACUUGGAGCCGGCGGAAAGCGCGGACGUUCUGCGCUUGGCCGACGGCGUCGAGGUCGUACAGGUCGCGCUGCCCGGAGUCGCGAGGAUCAACGGCGGCCGAUCGUUGCCGCAGGACGAAUCCUUGCUGGGGCGCAUGGCGCGAUAUCUCGAAUCGCACGAAUUAAAGAUCAGGCUCAACAAUUUAAUGCCGGGACAACAAUUGAAAGAAUUUUUAGUUUCAACCUAUAAGGACUUGGAGCAAGACAAAACUGUCGGAGAAGCCCGCAAGAAGGAGAAAGGAGGUGGUGGUGGAGCUAUAAUGAUGAUGGGUCUUAUGAUGGCCAAGAUGAUGGCAGCCCUUGGCUUCGGUGGCAUCGGCACAAUCGCCUUGAAGGCCUUGGGCGUUGCCGGUCUCGCUCUUAUGUUGUCCGCUAUAAUCGGUGUCAGAAGCUUGACGGGAAGUGGCCAUGAGGAAGGGCACCACGUCAGCUACGUUUCGAUACCGCACCACGGCGAGCAUCACAGGAGGCGAAGGGAUGCUGAAGCUAACGCCUUCGCCUAUCGCGCAUGGCGUCAACACUAUGGGAACAAAAACGUCCACAACGCACCACGGACUACCUGAACAAGACGAAACUUCUGAGGAGAACUUUAGAUGCC